CGACUUUCAUGAUAUCUUUCAAAGGAUGACACUGAUCGACAGGAUUCUCUUCUUGAUCAUUCAUGGUGUUGAUAAGUCAGGGAUUGGGUGGCACCGUUUACCGGUGUUCUUGGAACUUAUAUAUUUGGCUAUACGCCGGCGUCUUCAUGACGAGUACAAUUUGGUGAACGUUGGGAAAACUCCGGUGGGGGUCGGGUUCAAUGCAAGUGACGUUCCGUUCAGGACAGCUGACGGAAAAUUCAAUGAUCCUGUUGAUAAAGGUGUGGGUGGUGAGGGGAGUUUCUUUGGCCGGAACAUGCCCCCAGUUGAUCAGAAAGACAAGUUAUUGAAACCAGACCCAAUGGUUGUAGCAACAAAGCUACUAGCACGAAAAGAACUUAUAGACACCGGGAAACAAUUCAACAUGAUUGCUGCUUCAUGGAUUCAGUUCAUGAUCCAUGAUUGGAUUGACCACCUUGAGUCAACAAAACAGAUUGAGCUCAAGGCACCUAUAGAAGUAGCAAGUGAAUGUCCUCUCAAAUCUUUUAAGUUCUACGAGACUAAAGAAGUUCCCACAGGUUCCGAUGAGAUCAAAAAAGGUCAUCUUAACAUCAGAACUCCUUGGUGGGAUGGGAGCGCAGUAUAUGGAACCAAUUCGAGUGAAUUGAGGCAAGUGAGAACAUUCAAAGACGGAAAGCUCAAGAUCGCAAAAGACGACCUCCUCCAACAUGACAAAGAUGGAUUGCCAAUAGCAGGUGACAUUCGUAACAGCUGGAUUGGUGUAUCAACCUUGCAAGCCCUCUUCAUCCACGAACACAAUGCAAUUUGUGAUGCAUUAAAGAAUGAAUAUCAAGACUUGGAUGAUGAAGAUUUAUACCGUUACGCUAGACUAGUCACUUCUGCCGUGAUUGCUAAGAUCCACACAAUCGAUUGGACCAUCGAGCUUCUCAAAACUGAUGCCCUUGUUGUUGGAAUGAGAGCUAACUGGUAUGGGCUAUUGGGAAAAAGAUUCAAGGACACAUUUGGACACGUUGGGGGAGCCAUUUUGGGAGGUCUUGUAGGAUUGAAGAAACCCAAUAACCAUGGGGUGCCCUACUCUUUAACCGAAGAGUUUACAAGUGUUUAUAGAAUGCAUUCUCUUUUACCUGAUCAACUCUUCAUUAGGGAUAUUCAUUCAACGCCAGGCCCUAACAAGACUCCAAAAUUAAUCAAAAAAGUUGACAUGAUAAAUUUGAUUGGGAAGAACGGGGAGAAGGAAUUAUCAAAAAUCGGAUUCACGACACAAAUGGUAUCAAUGGGACAUCAAGCAUGUGGGGCACUUGAGCUAUAUAAUUAUCCCACAUGGCUCAGGAACAUUGUGCCUCAAAACCUUGACGGCACAGAUCGUCCUGAUCAUAUCGACUUAGCAUCACUUGACAUUUAUAGGGACAGGGAGAGGAAUGUGCCAAGGUACAAUGAUUUUCGUAGAUCGCUUUUCAUGAUCCCAAUCUCGAAAUGGGAUGAUCUAACGGAUGAUAAACAAGCAAUUGAAAUGUUGCAUGAAGUGUAUGAUGAUGAUGUGGAGCAACUCGACCUAUUGGUAGGCAUGGCGGCUGAGAAAAAAAUCAAAGGGUUUGCCAUCAGUGAGACUGCUUUUAUUGUUUUCUUGACCAUGGCAUCAAGGAGACUUGAGGCGGAUAGAUUUUUCACGAGCGAUUUUAAUGAAGAAGUGUACACUAAAAAAGGGUUUGAGUGGGUGAACACAACAGAAAGUUUGAAGGAUGUGUUGUACCGGCAUUAUCCAGAGAUGAUUGAUCGUUGGAUGAACUCGACUAGUGCAUUUUCUGUGUGGGAUGCUACACCGGAGCCUUAUAAUCCCAUACCAAUUUUUUUCCGUAUCCCUAAGUAAUUCUCCAUAUUUUGUCUCUUAGCGGAAUUGCUAUCGACUAAAAUAAGCCCCUUGUUAGGACGAAGAUCCCUGCUCAAGAUAUACUUAUUGGAUAUUAAUUUACUUUUUACAUAUGUCUUUUGUAAAAAAAAAAUGUUGUAUUUGUGUGCCUUAUGGUAUAAAAAGAAUAACCAAUUAUAUUGCACCGUCU